AUGUCCUUUAAACACAUAUUGACUUCUGUCCCAAGAUCAGGGGUUCUACAAAUCACAUUGAACAGACCUAAAGCCUUGAAUGCUUUGAAUGCAGAGUUAUUUGAAGAGAUUUUAACUGCAUUGAAAGAUGCUGAUCAAAAAAAUGACGAUUACGGUGCUGUUGUUAUCACUGGUAAUGAGAAAGCUUUCGCUGCAGGUGCAGAUAUUAAGGAAAUGUUGCCAAUGAAUGCCUCAAAAGCCUUGAAAAGAAACUUUUUAGGUAAUUGGGGUGAAAUAUCACAAAUUGGACUUCCUAUCAUUGCUGCUGUCGAAGGUUAUGCUUUAGGUGGUGGUUGUGAGCUUGCAAUGAGCACAGACAUCAUUUAUGCCUCUAAGAAAGCAGUCUUUGGUCAGCCAGAAUCGAAAUUAGGUGUCAUUCCAGGAGGUGGUGGUACUCAACGUUUGAUCAGAGCUAUUGGUAAAUCAAGAGCUAUGGAAUACAUCAUCACUGGAGACAAUUUCACAGCUAUCCAAGCUGAACAAUGGGGUCUUGUUUCUAAAACUUUUGAGCCAAAGACUGUUCUUAAAAACGCUCUGGAUUUAGCUGAAAGAAUCGCUAGUGGUCCUAGAUUAACUGCAAGAGCUUGUAAGAAAGCUGUUAACAUUGCAAAUGAAACUAAUUUGAAGAAUGGGUUGGAUUUCGAGAGAAGCAUUUUCCAUUCGUUGUUUGGGGGAGAAGAACAGAAAGAAGGUAUGAAGGCUUUUGUCGAAAAACGAAAACCAAACUGGAAUUCAAAACUUUAG